GCUUCACUCUGUAUACUUGGUCUCAAAUAGCUACCAUUGUCUGUCGGCUCAAGAUAACGAGUUGAGUGUUGAAGACCACGGGGCGAGCAGGCUGGCUGUGUGAGUGUCAAACAUCUUGUUCACGAGUUGAGUGGCUCGACACACCCUGACGUCAGCAAAGGUGUCGUGGCUCUCUGAGCAUGACCGUUGUAAGCCUGAUAAUGGAAUCCAUUUGAAACCGUGUACACAAGGCUAAAGUAACGAGCCAUGACUUCGUUCUCUGUGAAGGACAUCCUUAAUCUGAGUGAGUCUACACGCGCAUCUAGAAGCGAGUCGACGCCAGAACUAUCGGUAAAUUUUGAAAAAUGUGGCGACGAUAACAGAUUGGAGGCUUGUGGCGUGGCGUCUAAUCAGACGCAGAAGUCCUCAUAUACAAAUAAUCAGGAUAGUGCAAACGAGGAUCCCUUAAGUCCUGCUUCAAGUGAUCAACAAAAUGAAUCGAACGAUGAAAAGAGAGACGAAGGAAGCGACCCUCCGAAGAAACGGAAACGAAGAGUACUUUUCACCAAAGCACAGACCUACGAACUAGAAAGAAGAUUUAGACAGCAAAGGUAUCUUUCGGCCCCUGAGAGGGAGCAACUUGCUCGAAUUAUAAACCUUACACCUACUCAAGUUAAGAUAUGGUUUCAAAAUCAUCGAUAUAAGUUUAAAAAGCAAAAUUAUGAAAAAGGGUCUUUGAGUGAGCCACCACCGUUGUUCACCCCCCGCACAGUUCCAGUGCCAGUUCUUGUUCGUGACGGUCAGCCAUGUCAUGGAACAGCCAUGAAUAACUAUACCUAUCACCAUGCUGCAGAUUUUCUUCAUUAUCCGCCCGUUAGUACGAAUUAUAUGGCAGCACAUCCUUAUUGGACUUGGUGAGGGGGAAAUGUGGUACUCGAUGAGAAAACUCUAAUUACGUGAGGAAACUGAUGUGAUGAACUCUCGACUUGUUGAGAUCCAAUCUGCUCUAUUGCCUGUACCUCAUCGACCGAGUAUUGAGCUUAAAUUGGGGCUGUACAGGAGAAGAAACUGUUGUAGCUAGUCGGUGUGAAAGCCCGAUCUGCUACUCAGUAUUUUUACUGUUUUUGGAAGCUAUUGCAAUUAUUUUAUCACAUUUAGAGCAGAAAAAAAUGACGCUGCAACUAUCAGAGCAGCACUCAUCUUCACUACAACUUUCUUUCGCCGCUUCUGGUGAUAAGAACUAACGCACUCAAUGAAACGCUUACAUCCAGUUUGUAUAGUAUAUUUGUUUUAAUUUCUCGGAGAUUGUAGUAUUCAUAUCUACUCUUCAAUUGUGUAUUUUUCCAAAAUUGAGUCRUUCGGGAGAGGCAGGUACGGAAUUUUGAAUGUAAAGCGAAGGGAUAUCUUGUAAGAGGGGGCUUGUGAACAGCUCGUUAAGAAUGAGARGCGAUCUCUUGCAGUGUUGAUUGAAUUCUAGCACUAGAUUUGAUUCUGAUACCAAAUGCGACCCUCGUCUCUAGUCCUGCCUACUCUCAAUGGCUAUUUGUACAUAGGAUCAUUCACAAAUAUGAAUUUCUUGACAGCUAAACCCAUCCAAAGAGAAAUAUAUAUCUAAGCCAAACUAUUGAAGAGUAAACUCAUAAACUCAAAAAUUCA